GAAAUGUUUGGUUUCAUUGAAUGAGGAAAAUGGGUUUUGGGCAGACCGUUCUUGUGAAAAGAAAAUUGGCUACAUCUGUAAAAGGAAACCCAUGUCAGAUGCUCCUACAGAAGAGGAAACCAUUGAUAUGGGCUGCCAGAGAGGUUGGAAAAGACAUGGUUUUUAUUGUUACUUCAUUGGAAAUACGUUUGUAACAUUUCCUCAAGCAAAUCAAACCUGUGUAAGACAUCAGGCUUUUUUAGCAACUAUUGAAGACAGAUAUGAACAAGCCUAUCUGACUAGCCUGGUUGGGCUGAGUACAGAAAGAUACUUUUGGAUUGGACUUUCAGAUGUAGAAGACAAGGGAACAUUCAAGUGGACUAAUGGUGAAUCUGUCUUGUUUACACACUGGAAUUCUGAAAUGCCUGGAAAAAAGACAGGCUGUGUUGUCAUGAGGACUGGAAUUGCAGGUGGGUUAUGGGAUGUGAUAAAAUGUGAAGAAAAGGCCAAGUUCCUAUGCAAAAUGUGGGCAGAAGGUGUGACACCUCCACCUGUUCCUACAACAACUCCUAUUCCCCAGUGUCCAGAAGGUUGGGACUCAAACAAUCGUAUUAGCCUCUGUUUCAAACCUUUUCCUGGAGGAGAGCGUAAGAAGACAUGGCUUGGCUCACAGGAGUUUUGUCGAGCUCUAGGAGGAGAUUUGGCCUCCAUUAAUGGUAAAGAAGAGCAGUAUGUGAUAUGGCGUUCUAUUGCGAACAAUGGCUAUUACAACCAGCAAUUCUGGAUGGGUCUAUAUUAUUUGAAUCCUGACAGUGGCUUUGUUUGGAGUGAUGGAUCUCCAGUGAGGUAUGAAAACUGGGGCUAUGGAGAACCCAAUAAUUAUCAAGGAAUUGAACUUUGUGCAGAGAUCAAUGGUAAUUCCAACAUGCUUUGGAAUGACAGGCACUGUGAUUAUCUAUAUGGAUGGAUUUGCCAGAUAAGGAAAGGGGCAAGUGUAAAGCCUGAACCAACAGAAUCUCCUGCUCCCAUAUACAAGACUUCUGAGGAUGGAUGGAUUAUACAUGAAGAGAAACAAUACUAUUUCAGCAAAGAGAGUGCUUCUAUGGAAGAAGGUCGGGAGGUCUGCAAAAAGAACUUCGGAGAUCUUGCUGUCAUUGAGAGUGAAAGUGAAAGAAAGUUCCUCUGGCAAUAUAUAUUGAGAAAUGGCAAAGAGGAUGCAUAUUUCAUUGGUUUACAACUGAGUAUUGACCAGCGUACAAGCUGGAUGGAUGGCACUCCAGUGACUUAUCUGGCAUGGGCACCACAUGAACCUAACUUUGCAAAUAAUGAUGAAAACUGUGUAGUUAUGUAUAAGAAUUUAGGAUUUUGGAAUGAUAUAAACUGUGGUUUUCCAAAUCCCUACAUAUGUGAAAGGCACAACAGUUCCAUUAAUUCGACUGUUCCUCCAACGACAUUUUCAACUCCAAGAGGGUGUCAUCCAACUUGGCUUUCCUUUCAUAAUAAGUGUUACAAAAUAUUUGGAUCUACAGAAGAGGAACGUGUCACUUGGCGUGCUGCACGAACAGCUUGCAUGAAUCUAGGAGGAAACCUGGCCACUAUCCCUAAUGAACAAGUGCAAGCUUUCCUCACCUUCCAUAUGAAAGAUUUUGCUACUGAUAUAUGGAUUGGAUUAAAUGAUAUAAAUCAUGAAAUGAGGUUCCUCUGGACAGAUGGAACAGGGGUUUACUUUACAAACUGGGCCAAAGGCUUCCCAUCAGGACGUGUGGAUUUAUAUGGUACCCAGGCUGAUUGUGUUGCCAUGACAAACAGUCCUGUUAAGGAAGCAGGACAGUGGGCUGAUCAGAGUUGUGAUGACAGCAAAGGAUAUAUAUGCCAAAUUAAUGCAGAUGCUGAGCUUCUGCCUUCUACAAGUGCAUCCCCGUCCACCAUUGUCCAUUUUGGUAACAGUAGUUAUUUGUUCAUUCAUACCAAAAUGACAUGGGAGGAUGCACGAGAAAACUGCAAACGUGAUCAAUUUGACCUUUCCAGCAUCUUAGACCCUUACAGUCAUUCAUUCCUGUGGCUGAAGAUAUUAAAGUAUGGGGUGCCAGUGUGGAUUGGUCUCAACAGUAAUGUGACUAAUGGGCGCUAUGUAUGGAUUGAUAACUGGAGAAUGAAGUAUACGAAAUGGGCUGAAGGGGAGCCAAAGCAGAAAACAGGCUGUGUCUAUCUAGACAUUACUGGAUCCUGGAAGACAGGAUCCUGCAAUGAAAGUUACUUCUCUGUUUGCAAAAAACCUGAUGUUCAAGCUCCCACUGAGCCCCCUCAGCUUCCAGGAAAGUGCCCUGAAUCAGAAGGACACAAGUCUUGGAUCCCUUUCCGAGGUCAUUGCUACUACACUGAAUCUUCAUCUGCAAGAAAUUGGGCCCAGGCAUCUUUAGAAUGUCUACGACUGGGUGCCUCUUUGGUAUCAGUUGAAGACUCAGCUGAAGCCAACUUUCUGACACACAUCACUGAACCACUUGAAGGGAAAACACGAACAUUUUGGACAGGAUUGUACAGAAAUGUGGACGGACAAUGGCUGUGGCUAGACAACACUGCAGUGAACUUUGUCAACUGGAAUGCAGGAGAACCUACUCCUCAACAAAAUGAGCACUGUGUUGAAAUGUUUGCAAGCUCUGGGCACUGGAAUAAUAUCAAUUGCGGACUCUACAAAGGCUAUGUUUGCAAAAAGCCAAAAACAAUUGAAAGGCCACCAACAACUGAAGUGCCACCAGCUGAAAUGCCUACAAAGGCAACAACAAAGGAUGAAAAAGCUUCGAUCCUGAACCAUGGUAAAACAGGAAUUGUAGUUAUUGUUGUUGUCCUCACGCUAGUUGGAAGUGCCCUUGGAGCUUUCUACAAAAGAAGAAAGAAUCUCUUGCCAACAAAUGACAGCUUUGAGAACAAUUUGUAUUUUAAUAGUGAUGGAACUAGUGAUACAAAGGAUCUUGUGACUAACAUAGAACAGAAUGAACAUGCAACACUGUAAUGUAACAAAAUGAAAUGUAAUGUAAUAUGUAAUAUAAGAUGUAAUGUAAAAAAAUAAAAUGUGCCUUGUUUUAAUAAAAUUAUG